AUGGCCUUGUUCUUCCCUACAACUUCCCUUUUGCUCAUCUUCAUAUUUUCCCAUCAAAUCCUUCAUAUAAGUGUGUUUGGUGCGGUUGGAGUGAACUAUGGGUUGAAUAGCGACAAUCUUCCGAAACCAAGUGAAGUGAUAAACUUAUACGAACGAUGUGGCAUAAAUAUUGUUCGGAUAUUCGAGCCGAACCAUGAGGUUCUUGAUGCUUUGCGUUGCAAGGAAAAUUUAGUGCUGUGGCUAGGUACAAGAAAUGAAGACAUUAAGGGGUUUGCUACAAAUCAAGAAGUGGCUGAUGCUUGGGUUAAUGCUAAUGUGGUUCCUUAUUAUAAGGAUGUCAAUAUUGCUUAUAUCACUGUUGGCAAUGAAGUUGUCCCUGGCGAUGCAGCUACACCAUUUGUUGCUAAGGCCAUUCAAAAUAUAAUGCAAGCGCUUGUUAACGCAGACGUCCAAAGCGACAUUAAGGUGACGACAGUGGUAGCCAUGACAGCAUUGGAAGUGUCAUCCCCACCUUCGGCGGGAGCAUUCACAGCCAUCGCCGCUAGAGCAAUGAAAGACAUCGGAAGUGUGUUGGAAUCUUCGUGUGCACCAAUAUUGAUGAAUGUAUACCCAUAUUUCGCUUACGCAUCAAACCCACAACAAAUACCACUCAGUUACGCAUUGUUCACAUCCACAACCCCCGUCGUGGUAGACGGAGAUUUGGAGUACUUCAAUCUGUUGGAUGCCAUGGUGGAUUCGUUCUACACAGCGCUGGAGAAGAUUGGCGUUGAGGGAGUGAGAAUCGGGAUAUCAGAGACUGGGUGGCCCUCCAAAGGAAAUGAGCCAUUCACGAGCGUUGACAAUGCAUUGACUUAUAACCAAAAUUUUGUGAAACAUGUGAGCAGUGGAGUUGGAACCCCCAAAAUGCCCAAUCUCCAAUAUGACAUCGUUUUGUUUGAAAUGUUCAAUGAGGAUCUUAAGUCGCCUGGAGUUGAGCAGAAUUUUGGCUUCUUUUAUCCCAAUAUGAACCCUGUUUAUUCUUUUUGGAACUGUUGA